CAGCAUCAUCAUCACCGUCUCCCAAAUCAACCUCCUCCAGCGAAGACCCGUCGCCUGACCAUGUCCGGUUACUCGCCGACUUCGCCGCAAGCAGGCUCCCAGCACGGCCCGCCAUCAAUGGUGGGGCAGGAGGGAAUGCCGGCACCGGCGCUGAGACCUCGAGGACCGAAGUUAAAAUUCACUCCAGAAGACGACGCGAAACUCGUAGAACUCAAAGAGAAGAAGAAUCUCACCUGGAAACAGAUCUCCGAAUUUUUCCCUGGGCGGAGUUCGGGGACGCUGCAGGUGCGGUAUUGCACGAAACUGAAAGCGAAGACCACGGUCUGGACGUCCGAAACCGUUCAAAAACUGCGACACGCGAUGCAAGAAUACGAGAAUGAUCGCUGGAGGGUGAUCUCGUCCAAGCUUGGCUCGGGGUUCUCUCCGACCGCGUGCAAGGAGAAAUCUGACGAGAUACGGGCGAUCGAU